AUGGCGGAUGAGUUGCCCGAGGCUUCCUUGCAGGAGUCGCAUGAGGGGCAGGCCGGAGGCCUUGAGGUCAACUUGCAAAAGGAGACUGAAGUCUUUGAGCGCUAUGACCUUUUUUUGGAGUUGGGCCUGCAGUGGCCGGCCCUCACGGUGGAUUGGCUGAUGGACGAUGCCUCGGAGCAGUGUGCCAAGCUGGUCUUCGCAACGCAGACGGAUGGUUCCGAGCCGUGCCGGGUGGUAGUUGCCGAACUAACUUGCCUGACUGACCGAAGGCCUACCUCGCACGAGACCUGGAGCAGCUGGGAUAUGCGCACCUUGUGCACACAGAGCGCGGCUGAAAGCUCGGAGGUGCUCCACGGCUGCCGCAGUUUCGGAGUGAAGCCGCUGCGGAGGGCCAAGGCGCCUUUGCGCAUGGCUGCCUGCAUGGAGGUGGACGAGGUGGACGGAGAUGUGAACCGGGUAGCAGCCUGUCCUUUGAGGCGGCAGGUGAUUGCUGCUAGGAGCUCCCGUGGGACCGUGACGCUUUUGGAUUACAAGCAGGUGACCAGUGACAGUGGGGGUUUCCUCUGCAGCUUCAGAUAUCCACGGGAAGACACUGAUGGCUUUGCAUUGGCUUGGUGCCCAAAGCACCGGGCACUGCUUGGCACGGGCGGCAACGAUGGGUCUCUGAGCGUGUGGGAUACCGUUUCUCGUUCGCCUGACCGUCCGCUCUUUGCACUAGUUGCCCAUGAGGGUUCCUUGAAUGACCUCAGCUUCUCUCCAUGCUCCCUUUCUGUGGCCACGGCGGGCGAGGACGGUAUUUGCACAUGGGACAUGCGGCAAGGGUAUACUAAGAUGCUUCAGAUAGCCACGAAGGCCGAAUCCUUCAGCAUUGACUGGAAUCCUACCGAGGAUCACCUUUUGGCUGUGGGCGGGAAAGGCCACAUGGUACAGGUCUGGGACUUGCGGCGCUGCCAGGCUCCGCUGAGAGAGCUAUGCGGACACAAAGGAGAUGUUUCACAAUUGCAAUGGUGUCCGUCAGAGAGUGCCUGUCCCAAAGGCACUUCUUCAAAGAAUCUUCUGGCGUCAUCUUCGCAAGAUGGUACUGCAGUGGUGUGGAAUCUUUCUGAAGCCAACCAUGGCACAGAGCCCAACGUGGACGAGGCCCAAGCGCUGGAAACGGAAACUCUCUUCAUCCACUCCGCACACAAAGGCAGCGUGACAGACCUAAGUUGGUGUAGGUCUGGACGGUUGCUCCUGUGCUCUGUGAGCGAGGACUACAGCGUUCAAGUGUGGCAGCCAAGCUUGCACACCGUGACGGCGGACGAGGAAGAG